CACGGCCCCUGCAGAGCUCUUCUCGUCUCCUCUCGCUUUGCACCGACACCUCCCGUGAAGGGAACUGAGGGCCAGUCGGAUUGUGACGAGGCCAACGUCGAAAUGGGAGAUGGAUUCUUGGUUUCCUCGGGGGACGACAGGGGACGUUGAAUGUAGAGAGUGGUAAUUGGCGUUGCUAUGGAAAUCAGAUGCGAGUGCUAUACAGAGACGGGGAGUUGCCGUGCUGGAAUUAGUGAAUUUUCCGGUGGAAAGCGUGAGGGAGCAGCGGUGUGUGUUGCCGAGAUGAUAAGCGCACCGGGAUAUUCGUGGAUUAUGAGUGGUUUGCCUUCCUCUAUGCUGGUCUAGGAAUGCGCUGCUCCGUCUAGUCAGAGAAGAACCGGGGACGUGGAACUCUUGACUUUGGACCAAGGUUUUGGGAUUUUCAUGUUUCCAUCUCGACCAAACAUCUCGUUGCUUCCCGUACUUCAUUAAAAGAUUUGUGUGCAAGUUCAGAUAUCAAACCAAUUACCGGAGCUCUGUGGUUGAGUUUCUGAAGAGCUGAAGGACUCAAUUUAAAACUUUGAUGGUGGAAAGAUUCAGUGGAAGCAACUGAAAAUGUGGCCAAGCGAUGUUGGGAAGCAUUUGAGGCGCUUCUCGUACUUGUUAAUGGAAGAAGGAGAUCAUUAUAUUCAAGACUGGAUAGCAACAUGUAGACAGGGCUCAGCAGGGGGUUCGCAGAGACUACAAGCACAAGCUUGGCAACAACGAAGUUUAAGGGGACGACUACGCCUUUGUGCCAAAUGUUUGUUUUUUGAGCCAGAUUAUGGCAAAGCCCCAAUAUUGAUGUUUCGAUUUACCGAUGUAAAGAAGAUAGAGCAGUUUGCUGAUCCGCCUUCGUCUCCUUUAUCGGUGGGCAAAUGGAACAAGCGUCAAGAAGGAUUUGCUAUGGAAACUUCUAUGUCUGUGGAGAUGAAGGAGAAUGGCUUAGAUGCUCCGUAUAUAUUUCAAAAGAGAGUCAGCAUAUGGUGGUUCACUCUCGAGUAUUCUACUGUACAACCAUUAUUGCAACAGGUGCAGUCACUCCUUUCCAUUAAUGCCCUACCAUAUGCGGAGAGGAACAUGGUGUUACAAAAUGCAGCGGCUCAAAGAGAAGCCCAAGCACAAUUUGACAUAAGCAGAUUAGUGGAUCUCAGUGAACGUAUUAUUCUUGAUUACACCGCUGCACAGGUAACGCCUCUUGUUCGAGAACCGGGACGAGUUGUGCUAACUCAAGCGCGACUAUACUUUCAGCCUCUACACAACUUGAACAAUGAUAACCCCGUCCGUUCGCACCCUUUCAGCUCGAUUGUUGCUGUUGCAAGGCGGCGACAUGCCUUACGCCAUAUAGGCAUGGAAGUGUUCUUCAAAGAUGAGGGGCAGGUUGUUAGAAACAUAUCUAGUGGCACCUUCACCGGCGGGGCAAGUGUGUUCUAUACCUUUCAAAGUGUACAAAAGCGUGACGCAGCCGUGUCAACGUUGCUCGAACAGUUGGGGGGACAUAAGGGCGCAGCUGCCGAAGCUGGAUCGUUACUGGAGGCUGACGGCUGCUGGCUUCAACGCCUUACUGCUGCUUGGCAGGCAAGGCUGGUCUCGAAUUAUGACUAUCUUGUUUAUCUCAAUCUAGCGGCCGGGCGUAGUUUUUGUGAUUUGACACAGUGGCCCGUGAUGCCGUGGGUUCUUUCUGAUUACAAGAGCAAGAUCCUUGACCUCUCAGAUCCUUCAGUAUUUCGUGACUUGUCGAAGCCUAUUGGAGCUCUCAACCCCUCUCGGCUUGCCCUCUUUCAGCAACGUUACUUACAGAUGCCUCAAGGAGACCCCUCGUCACCUCCCUUCCUGUAUGGAACGCACUACUCUACUCCAGGGUAUGUUCUUUACUGGGUUGUUCGAUCUGCUCCAGCACAUAUGCUUCGACUUCAGAACGGACGUUUUGAUGCGCCAGAUAGACUCUUUGUGAGUAUGUCGGAGUCCUGGGACAGCGUACUUAGCAAUCACGCUGAUCUGAAGGAGCUGAUUCCUGAAUUUUAUUCUCCUCCUUCCGAGUUCCUUACUAUCAGAAAUGAUUUAAAUCUUGGCGUACGACAAAACGGAACAGCUGUGGGUGAUGUGGUGUUACCUCCAUGGGCUAAAUCACCGGACGAUUUUAUUGAGAAGCAUCGACAGGCUUUGGAAUCUGAGCACGUUUCUAUGCACGUUCAUCAAUGGAUUGAUCUAAUUUUUGGUUACAAGCAACGUGGGGAGGCAGCCCUAGCAGCGGACAAUCUUUUCCAUCACCUUACGUACGAAGGAGCUGUAGACCUGGAAAAAAUUGACGACCCAACACAACGUGCUGGUAUCGAAGCGCAGAUUAACGAAUUUGGACAAGCGCCAAGACAGCUUUUUACUUCCUUCCACCCUGCACGCUUUCAGAGGUCGAAACGAAGAAACUUGACAAUCUCGCUGGCCAACAACCCUCAUGGAUCCGAUGAAAAUUCUGGAGGUCUCAGCCCCAACUUCUUGUCUCGGAUAAUGGCACUGGCUUCUUCGCCAAAUGUUGAUCCCAUUGAAGACAUGGAGUUUUGCUCCAGGGAUAGCAUACCUGGUACCCCUUCUCAAGUGUCUGAACUAUCUGUUUUGACCUCUCCUGAUUCAGUUGGGUUUGGGAAAGCUGAAUUUACGCGAACUCUAUCGUUAAAAUCUUCUGUUGAAUGGGGUUCGGACGAGAGCACUUCUGACGUACAGGAUGUCGAUGAGCUCAAAAUGGCGAGUCUUACAGAAAGAGAGGAAUCAUUUGCGGAUAGUGCUCUUUACGGAGAACGCCCUCCAGCUGCGAUUCAGAAAGCAGAUGAGAACGCGGAGGCAUUUAGAAGCUUAACAUUAAGUGAAGGCCCUGACGUGUCUCUUGAAGACACUACAGUCGGGAUUACGAUUCCCGUUCAAGGGUUCUCAAACUUUGAAGAGAAUUUUAAGACAAAAGGAGUUUUGCCAUGGUUUCAAAUGUUUAGACAGAGACUGUCUGAACCACAGUCUCUGAAACUACACCGUGGACCUGUCAACGCGCUAACGCUCUCGGCUGAUAAUGCUUCUGAAUCUCUCACCAUGUACUCUGUUGGAAAAGACGGCUUCAUAAAGGUUUACUCUAUAUCAGAGGGUUUCCAAGUUCGUGCAACAAAACUGGGAAACCUGCCACUUGCCGCAGUUGCUCUAGCAGCAAGCAGUGAUGCGUAUCCAACUGUUCUAGCUGGUUCCUACGACGACUGUGUAUACGCCUACUCAGUUGACUACGGCCGCGCGCUCGGCAAGAUAAGAGUGCACGAUGAUACGGUCUCGUGUGUGGAAGUAGCUGGAACCGGAAAUCUGCGAAUGAUAACAGGUUCAUGGGACGCAACUGUCAAGGUGUGGAGUAUCGAAGAAGGAAGAGGUGGAUGGGCAGCCUCCUUCAGUAGCGUCAGCGGGAAUACUGAACGUGUUCCAGAGUGCGAGAUAUUUGAGCACGAAGUUGCCGUUUGGUCUUUAGAUGUUUCCGAGAAUGGUCAUCUGGCUGUUUCAGGCGCUGAAGAUGGUACAGUGAAAGCUUGGGAUUUACGAGCUUCAACAUCUUCAGUCUGGCAAUAUGGUGCGGGAACAAAUGCGAUAACAGGUUUGAGGCUUACAGAUGACAGCAGUAAUGUGGUCGUUGCAUCCACGGAUGGCAGUCUGCGUGUACUGGAGAUGAGGCGAAGUGGAGCAGAGCUUGCCAGCAAAGAUUGUGGAAGUCCUUUAAAGUGCUGUGAUAUCGCUGGACCAUUGGUUAUUGCCGGGAGUGAGGAUGGAGCGCUUCACUUUUGGCCUUUCGGCUUACAAGAUCCUUCCGGUUCUUCUGGUGAGUUAGAGGUGGCAAAUGAGUUUCUUGACUAUUCCCCAUUUCAUGAUCAUACAGAUGCUCUUAACUGUAUCUCGAUUGGGAGGGGUAGUCAUGGAUGUGAUGCCACUCUUGCGUCAGCUUCCGACGACUGUACUAUUCAGGUGUAUAGAACCGGGCAAACAUGAUGCCCCAUAGUCAUACUCGCAGUGUCUGAUUCCAUCACCGUGUAAUAGGAAAUUGUACAGGUCUGAUUUGAUUCGUAUUAAUACCCUUCAAAUUUAGGGUAACUGUCUUCUCUAAAAAGAAGUCCAUCUCAAGCAAAACCUGAAUCAUUCUGUACAGACUUUGAAAUGUCUUCUCAGCCCUCGUCACAAAGUCUCAAGACUACUCUCCAACUGAUGCCUCCAAUCAUGAUUCCUCUCUGCGUACGACGUUAUUGUCACGUCGUAUUUUCAACUUUUUCCAUUUUUCUCACAGUCCAAACGCAGAAGAUCAGUUUAUGAUCGCAUAUGUAUCCUUUGAAUUCAGUAAAAAAACU